ACCGUACAGUCGAUCCAGAAAAAAGAUUGACAGAUCUGUUUGCGGAAGUUGCCUGCUGGAAAUGAACUAACUGGAAAACUUAAUGUGGACUAGCAAGCAACUGUGCAGUCAGAUGAUGUGUCCACUUGAAGAGUCCUGCACCAUGAAGCAGCAGUAAGGGUAGACUGUGUCUGUGACACUGCCCCUGUCUCUUUCCCUCCCUGUCACUGAGCCACCAUGUCCUCUGUGACGUUUCCACCUCGCUCCCCACCUGGGAGCAGUGGCUGUGGCAGCGGUGACAUACCUGCAACUAGUGUGACGACCCAGUCCGCUGAGCAGGCUCUGUUUGCAUCGGACCGCUACGCCCGACUCAUCCUGGCCCAGAUGAACAAGAUGCGCCUCCGGACAGAUUUCUGUGACGUAAGGCUGCGGCUGGGAGGCCGUGUGUUCAGUGUCCACAAGCUGGUCCUGGCUGCCAGCAGCCCCUACUUCUCCGCUCUCUUCUCUGGGGGGAUGAGCGAGGCAGACAAGGAAGAGGUCCAGAUCCUGGGGGUGGAGGCACCAGUGUUUGAGGUCCUGCUGGAGUUCAUAUACACAGGUAUGAUUAACGUGACGGUGGAGAACAUGCAGGAGCUGAUGGUGGCAGCAGACAUGCUGCAGCUGAGUGAGGUGGUGUCUAUCUGUGGAGAGUUCCUCAAGGGCCACAUGGACCCGUCCAACUGUGUGGGGGUAUACCAGUUCCUUGAGCAGAUCGCCUGCAUGGACAUGCUGGCGUUCACUGAGAACUACAUCCAGGUCCACUUUCUGGAGGUGCUACGCAUGGUGUGUGUGUCGGACGAGUUCUGGGGCCUGUCCAAGGGCCAGCUGGUGAAGCUGCUGCGCAGCGAGGAGCUGCGAAUCGAGGAUGAGUACCAGGUGUUCACGGCGGCCAUGGACUGGGUCCUACAGGACGUGACCAAGAGGAAGAAGCAUGUGGUGGAGGUGCUGGACCCAGUCAGGUUCCCCCUGCUCUCCCCACAGAGACUCUUCAAGUACAUCGAAGGCAUUUCUGACUUCAGCCUGCGGGUGGCGCUGCAGACACUGCUGAGGGAAUACACAGAGGUCAGCAAGUCUCCCAAAGAGAAUAAGAUGUACAGCCUGUUACAGCCAGCCAAGAUGAGGCCAAGGAGAAAGGCCAGGAAAUACCUCUAUGCCAUAGGAGGCUACACUCGACUGCAGGGCGGCCGUUGGAGUGACAGCCGGGCCCUGAGCUGCGUGGAACGCUUUGACUCAUUCAGCCAGUACUGGACCACCGUGUCCUCCCUGCACCAGGCCCGUAGCGGGCUGGGAGUGGCUGUGCUGGAGGGCAUGAUCUAUGUCGUGGGAGGGGAGAAGGACUCCAUGAUAUUUGACUGCACAGAGAGAUACGACCCGGUGACUAAGCAGUGGGCAGCUGUGGCCUCUCUCAACUUCCCUCGAUGUGGUGUCGGGGUCUGCCCCUGUCAUGGGGCUCUCUACGCACUGGGUGGUUGGGUUGGAUCAGAGAUAGGGAAAACAAUGGAGCGCUACGACCCGACAGAGAAUAAGUGGGAGAUCAUUGGAAGCAUGGCAGUGCCUCGGUAUUACUUUGGAUGCUGCGAGUUACAGGGCUUCAUCUAUGUGAUCGGGGGGAUCAGUGAUGAGGGGAUGGAGCUGCGUUCUGCGGAGGUGUACGACCCCAUCUCCCGGCGCUGGAGUGCCCUGCCCGUCAUGGUGACCCGGCGGGCCUACGUGGGCGUGGCCUGCCUCAACAACUGCAUCUACGCUGUGGGGGGCUGGAACGAGGCACUGGGCUCCCUGGAGACGGUGGAGAAAUACUGCCCUGAAGAGGAGAAAUGGGUGGAGGUGGCCCCCAUGGCAGUGGCGAGGGCCGGGGUGUCCGUGUCAGCCGUUAAUGGACUGCUGUACGCCGUGGGGGGACGGGCCUCCAGCAGAGACUUCUCGGCCCCCGUGACGGUGGACUCUGUGGAGAUUUACGACCCCCACCUGGACACCUGGACGGAGAUUGGCAACAUGAUCACCAGUCGCUGUGACGGGGGCGUGGCCGUGCUCUGAGAUUGAGCCCUAGUAGAACCAAGGGAGGUGGUUCGGUGAACCACGAAACCUGAUGAGUAGCUGUUUUCUUUUUUUCUGGAACAAACCUCAUUCUCAGACGAGAAUAGGGUUUUAUGUCUGGUACCGUGAGAUUACAUGAUGAGUAACUUUGCCUGAGAUCUGGAUACUUGAGUUAGCUACAGAGCUAUAAAUGCGCCAAAUAUGCGCCAAAUACAACAGGUGUAGACCUUAGUGAAAUGCUUACUUACAAGCCCUUAACCAACAAUGCCGUUUUAAGAAAAUACCUAUAAAAAAAGUGAGAUAAGAAUAACAAAUAAUUAAAGAGCAGCAGUAAAUAACAAUAGCGCGGCUAUAUACAGGGCAUACAGGUACAGAGUCAAUGUACGGGGGCACCGAUGUCGAGGUAAUUGAGGUAAUAUGUACAUGUAGGUAGAGUUAUUAAAGUG